UUUCUCAGUGCAAGCUUUGGCUAGGGAGUGUUGAUUUGGCAAAGAGGAUUUGAGAUCAGCUAGAGCUUCAAGGAAAGCUAAUUGCAUAUUUUUUUCUGUUUAAAGCUCUAAACUUUUUGGGUGAAUUCGAAUUUUCCUAACUACCCAAUAGGGAAAAAGAAAUGGAAAUUCUUCAAAUAUUCAACGACAACAACAACUGCUGGUAAUUUCUAGAACUGUUCUUGAUUUAUUUUUUAACUUCCUUUCAACUUUAGUUUUUUCAAUAGUUGUUGUUGUUGUUGUUGUUGCAAGUGUGACAAUAUCUAGUGAAAAUUCUUUUGGUUUAAGUAUAUUUUCUUAGCUGUAUAAUCUUGAAUCUAUUCCAUUCCUCCUUUUUUCGUUUUUCUUUUUUUAUUUAUCUAGAUAUCAACUUAUGUCCACCAUUUGUUUUUGAUUCACUUCUUCUAAGCUUAUCUCCCAAUUUCAUUCUUUCAACUGGUUUCAUUCACCAUUUUCUUCCUUAAAAGAUUGCACCCUUUUUUCCAUUUGUUUGCACUUAAUCAAAGAGCCAGUCUUUACCCUGAAAUUAUUUAUCUUGUUCUUUAAUAUUUUUUAGUGAUUUAGAGCUUUUUAGUAUAAAUUCUGUAAAAGGGUGUCUUUUAAUUGUGAAAAAACUUUCCCCUUUAAUGGGACUUUUUCUGGAUGUGGGCAUGGUAAAAGCUCGGUUUUGAUUAGCUCUAAGCAAUGGUAUCAAGAUCGUAUUCGAAUCUCUUGGAGCUUGCCUCUGGUGAGGCUCCAUCUUUUGGCCGAAUGAGCCGGAGGAUUCCCCGGAUUAUGACGGUCCCCGGAAUCAUUUCCGAUAUUGAUGAUGAUCCAUCGGAGAGUGUGUGCUCUGAUCCAUCAUCAUCAUCUGUUCAGAGAGACCGAAUUAUCAUGGUAGCUAAUCAGCUGCCUAUAAGGGCACAGCGGAAAUCGGAUAGUACUAAUAAUAGUAGUAGUAGUAGUAGCAAGUGUUGGAUUUUCAGCUGGGAUGAGAAUUCACUUCUCCUCCAAAUGAAAGAUGGGUUAGGAGAUGAUGAUAUUGAGGUGAUUUAUGUUGGUUGUUUAAAGGAAGAAAUCCAUCCAAAUGAACAAGAUGAGGUCUCGCAGAUCCUUUUAGAGACCUUCAGGUGUGUGCCGACUUUUUUGCCGCCUGAUCUUUUUAGCCGGUAUUAUCAUGGGUUUUGUAAGCAGCAGUUGUGGCCUUUGUUUCAUUAUAUGUUGCCUUUAUCACCAGAUCUUGGUGGUAGGUUUAACCGGUCUUUGUGGCAAGCCUAUGUGUCGGUCAAUAAAAUUUUUGCUGAUAGGAUCAUGGAGGUUAUUAAUCCAGAAGAUGACUUUGUGUGGGUACAUGAUUAUCAUCUGAUGGUGCUACCAACUUUCUUGAGGAAGAGGUUCAACAGAGUUAAACUGGGGUUUUUCCUUCACAGCCCAUUCCCUUCAUCAGAGAUAUAUAAGACAUUGCCUAUUAGGGAGGAGCUUUUACGUGCCUUGUUAAAUUCAGAUUUAAUUGGGUUUCAUACCUUUGAUUAUGCAAGGCAUUUUUUGUCUUGCUGUAGUCGAAUGCUUGGUCUUACUUAUGAAUCCAAGAGAGGGUAUAUAGGCCUUGAGUAUUAUGGAAGAACUGUUAGUAUCAAAAUUCUCCCUGUGGGGAUACACAUGGGUCAGCUUCAGUCAGUUUUGAGCCUUCCGGAGACUGAAGCGAAAGUUGCAGAGCUCCUUAAGCAGUAUUGUGGUCAAGGCAGGACAAUGUUGCUUGGGGUAGAUGAUAUGGACAUAUUUAAGGGUAUCAGCUUGAAGCUGUUAGCAAUGGAACAACUACUUUUGCUGCAUCCUGAGUGCCAGGGGAAGGUAGUGUUGGUUCAGAUAGCAAAUCCUGCUAGAGGACGAGGGAAAGAUGUGAAAGAAGUGCAGGAAGAGACAUAUUCAACUGUGAAGCGGAUUAAUGAAACUUUUGGGAAGCCUGGGUAUGACCCUGUUGUAUUGAUCGAUGAACCACUUAAAUUUUAUGAGAGAAUCGCAUAUUAUGUUGUUGCAGAGUGUUGCUUAGUAACAGCUGUAAGGGAUGGAAUGAAUCUCAUUCCAUAUGAAUAUAUAAUCAGUCGACAGGGUAAUGAGAGGUUGGAUAAGGUUUUGGGGUUGGAGCCAUCUACACCAAAGAAAAGCAUGCUGGUUGUUUCAGAAUUCAUUGGCUGCUCCCCAUCUCUGAGUGGGGCAAUUCGAGUAAAUCCAUGGAACAUUGAUGCAGUGGCAGAUGCAAUGGACUGCGCCCUUGCGAUGGCAGAGGCAGAAAAACAGCUUAGGCAUGAAAAGCAUUAUAGAUAUGUGAGUACCCAUCAUGUUGGAUACUGGGCUCAUAGUUUCCUUCAAGAUUUGGAGAGGACAUGUCGAGAACAUGUCAGACGAAGAUGCUGGGGUAUUGGUUUUGGGUUAAGUUUUAGAGUUGUGGCUCUUGAUCCGAACUUCAGGAAGCUCUCAAUGGAGCACAUAGUAUCAGCUUACAAGAGGACUGCUACUAGGGCAAUUCUUCUAGACUAUGAUGGUACUUUAAUGCCUCAGGCUUCCAUUGACAAGAGCCCAUCAUCUAAAUCCAUUGACAUCCUAAAUAGCUUGUGCAGAGAUAAAAACAACAUGGUUUUUAUUGUCAGUGCCAAAAGCCGAAAGACACUCACUGAAUGGUUUUCUCCUUGUGAAAAACUAGGAAUUGCUGCUGAGCAUGGCUACUUCUUGAGGCUUAAGCGAGAUGCGGAAUGGGAAACAUGUGUACCAGCAGUAGACUGUGCUUGGAAGCAGAUUGCCGAACCUGUGAUGAGGCAAUACAUGGAGACUACUGAUGGGUCCAACAUUGAAGAUAAGGAAACUGCACUUGUCUGGUGUUAUGAGGAUGCAGAUCCAGAUUUUGGAUCUUGCCAAGCUAAAGAGCUUCUUGAUCAUCUUGAAAGUGUGCUGGCCAAUGAACCUGUUACAGUAAAGAGUGGGCAGAAUGUUGUGGAAGUUAAGCCACAGGGUGUAAGCAAGGGUCUAGUAGCUAAGCGCCUACUUUCCACCAUGCAAGAGAGGGGUAUGUUGCCAGAUUUUGUUCUGUGCAUAGGAGAUGACCGAUCUGAUGAAGACAUGUUUGAGGUAAUCACCAUUUCAAUAGCUGGCCCAUCGAUUGAUCCCAGGGCAGAAGUGUUUGCAUGUACUGUUGGUAAAAAGCCCAGUAAGGCUAAGUACUAUCUGGACGACACGGUGGAAAUUGUUAGGUUGAUGCAAGGUCUGGCUUCUGUUUCCGAUCAAAUGCUUUCUGUGUAGCCUUAGCAAAGACAGACAAAGGUGCACCGUUCUUUGUGUUUGUAACUCUCAAAAAGAUAUGUAGGCUGGGCGGUAGACUUAUAUUUCCUUGCCUUGUUUUGAAAUGUACAUUAUCCUAGUUUUACUAAGAGAACCUGUGCAAGCGGAUACCUUUUUGUGUUUGUGCUUUCUAGUAAAGCUGUAAAUAUGUGCUUGUGCCAUGAAAUUUGAGCUUCCCAAUCUCUCCCCCUCAGUCUUCAUGUCAAACUAAAAUUUAGCUUUUCUUUAAAGAGGAUUUAUGAGAUUCAAUGCAUUGUUGGUUCCGGAUUCUUGAAGAGUAAAGUUUCAGCUAAAGUUUCUAAUCUGCUGUGGGUGCUAUUUUUGGCAUUGAAGUAUGUUUCUGUUGGUAUUCAAGUGGUUCCCCUAGUUAUAGUUCUCAGUUGCUGUGGAAUGUCAGCUUCGGUUUUAGUUCCAAGUGUUC